AUGCGCGUUGCUAUAAUCGGAGCCGGCCCUUCUGGCCUCGUCCAGCUCAAAACGCUAGCAACCGCCCAUGAGUAUUUUCCAUCAGCCGAGCCCUUUGAGCUUCAGCUCUUCGAGUCCUACGACAAGGUUGGCGGUGUUUUCCUCCACCACGUCUAUGAGGAUACCGAGCUCGUCUCCUCCAAGUUCCUCACCACCUUCUCCGACUUCCGUCCCCGCCCUGAAGACAACGACUUCCUCUCUGCCGAGCGCUACAGAGAGUAUCUGGAGGACUACACUACACACUUCAACUUGUGGCCGUACAUUCACCUCAGCACCUCCGUCACGGGCAUCAGGAGAGGAGACGUGAGCGAGCAUGUCGUCAGUUACAGGGGGCCCGAUGGUAAGGAGGUCGAAUGGGAGUGUGAUGCCAUCGCUGUGUGCUCGGGCGUCCACUCAAAGGCGCACGUCCCAGAUAUUCCUGGCAUCGAGAACGUUCCCGAAGUGCUGCAUUCACAAGACUUCAAGAAGCGUGAGCAGUUUGGCACGGACAAGACCGUCAUGGUCCUUGGCAGCGGCGAGACGGGUUGCGACAUGUGCUAUCUCGCCAUCACCUCCCCUACCAAGAGAGUCGUCUUUUGUCAUCGCGAUGGCUGGAUCGGUGCUCCCAAGCGCGCUCCGGGGCAGCGCUUCCUGCCAUGGCUACGUGGAGACAAAGACUAUGACACCCCCCAAUUGCCCCUCGAUGUCAGCCAAGUCACUCUCUUCGACUCCAUGUAUGUCCACCCUAUGGUGCGAGACACCAUGAUUGUUUGGGACUAUUACCACUUCCUUGCUCUGCCUGCCGGAUGCUGGAUCUGCGGCGGUUCGGAAUAUGGUGUCGACCAGCAUGUCGGCCAGAUCUUUAGCGAGCGUUUCCACGCUUCGCGAUUAUUCUGGAACAAGGCCUGGCAGCGCAUCCAGAACUCCGUCUCUACGCCCUGGCGCCCGACUGAGUGGCCAUUGGCCACCCGUAUUCGCCAAUUCUUCUUCAACACGGCCAUCAUCCCGGCCAAACGCACCAUCGACACGGCCCCUUUCCCCUCGCACAUCACGCCAGACGGGGUCGCCCACUUCCCCGACAACGGCCGUCCUGAGGCUAAGCGCAUCAGAAAGUCCGUCGUCAAGCCUGAUAUGAUCAUCUUCGCGACUGGCUACAUCCCCCAGUUCCCCUUCCUCAACACCGAACACAACGCCGGCCGCCGUCCUUACCCCGUAUCCCACGAUGCCGACGUCCGCCAGAUCUGGUCCUCCGACGACCCCACCGUCGGCUUCAUCGGCUUCCUGCGCCCCGGCUACGGCGCCAUCCCUCCCCUCGCCGAAAUGCAGGCUAUGCUGUUCGCCACCCACCUCCUCGACCGCGUCCCCCGCCCCCUCCUCCAGGAUGAUGAGUGGCACUACCGCAUGAUCCACCCACCCAGCGACCGCGUCUCCUACGGCGUUGAGCACGACAGCUACACGUACCAGCUCGCCAAGGACAUGGACAUGGCCCCCUCCAUCACCGACGUCCUCCGCAUCGCCAUCCGCACCCGCCGCGGCUGGCGCCUCCCCUACAUCUGGGCCGGCGGUGCCAAUUUCAACGCCAAGUUCCGCAUGGUCGGGCCCUGGAAGUUCGACGGCGCCGCCGAGAUUCUCACCGGCGAGCUGUGGGAGACCAUUUCUCGCCGCUCGGGCCUCUUUGGCAACAUCCCCAUGGUCAUCAUCCCCGUCAUCUACCUUGGUAGCAUCAACCUGUACUACUACAUCUACGCCCUCUUCUGGGGCGCUCUGGCCAUGAUCGGGCUUGCUAACGUCCCCGUCCCUCGUAAUGACGUCAAGAGGAAGUUUGAGGAGCUGGCUCAGAUGGAGCAAUAUAAGGCUAAAGCAGGAGGCUACGAUAGCAAGAGAUGCCAAGGUGAACUUGAAGAUUAACCGGAAUACUGGGCUUGCGUACGGGACCACGAAUGGUCAGACCAAUGGCAAGAUGUGAAGGACUGAGUGAAUUUGCAUAACAUGAUGCUGAACGAGAAAGAUAUGUGUCGCAUAUCACCAACAGGUUCCAC